AUGGCUCACGCCUGGUCCGAUCUCCCCAAAGCCUUGGGAGGCGACAGUAUCAUCGCCAAAGUCAACGAGGCCCUGAAGACCGACGUCCAGUACCUAGCAUUCACUAAAACAAAUGCUAUUGCCAAUCCUGUGACAUUCGGCAUCAAGGCUGCCGGCAAUGAUGCCACAAUCCUUGUCAAUGUCGCCAAUGCAAAGGGAAGCGCUGAGUUGGGCAGUCCAGACAAGGCCAAAUUCACUCUUGUAGCACUUCCGGAACAAUGGGAAGAGUUCUUCAAGCCUAUUCCCAAGAUGCCUUACCAGAGCUACUGGGGAUUGUUCGGCAUGAAUAUCAAGCAGAAGGGUGUCGAGGUCUUAGGUGACCAAGAUGCCUUUGCACACUACGCACACAUCUGGCGCCGCGUCCUUGAGCUUCUUCAUGAUGCCCACUGUGGACCCAUCCCCACCGACCCAGACCCGGCCGAGACGGACGACGACUUCAUCACGGGUCGCUACAUCUACGUGACGGCACCACACUGGGGGCGGACCAAGAUCUUCGUCGAGAAGUCGGGCGUGGGGAAGCAGCACAUUCUCUUCCUGCACACAGCCGGGUCAGACAGUAGGCAGUACCAUGGCGUCAUGAAUGACAAGCGGCUGCGAGAGCGGCUGACCAUGUACGCCUUCGACCUGCCCUCCCACGGCCGCAGCUUCCCACCGCAAGGCUCCGUACCGGGCUCGCACACCAACACCGAGGACGCGUACGUGGGCUGCAUCGCCGCUGUAGUCCAGAAGCUGCAGCUGAACCGGCCCAUCAUCUGCGGCGCCUCCAUGGCUGGCCAGGUCUGCCUCGCCAUCGCCAUGCGCAACGCCGAGGUCAAAGCUGGAGGCACGAUUCCUCUGCAAGGAUCCGCCUACCUUAACAUGCAACGCACCUUCAACGACGAAUCCCCAGAAGUCAACCAAGCGCUGUGGAACCCAGAAUGGGUCUACGGCAUGCAGUCUCCCACAGCUCCGCCCAGCUGCAAGGCGCUGAUCUGGCACACGUACUCGGCGCAGGCCUACGGCCUCUUCCACGGUGACCUCGACUUUUAUUUCGGCGGCUGGGACGGCCGCGAGCGCCUCGCCUCGAUCAACACGGCCGCCUGCCCCGUCUACAUGCUCACCGGCGAGUACGACUGGUCCACGACGCCCGAGCUGGCGGCUGCUACCGCUGAGAAGAUCUCUGGCGCCGCUCAUAAGACUAUGGAGGGCUUGGGGCAUUUCCCGGCGACGGAGAAUCCGGCCAGGUUCGUGCCGUAUUUGCUGGAGGCGGUGGAGUGGAUUCAGAGGGAGAGGAAGGAGAGGGGGGAUUUGAGUGUGUUGAGGAUGACGGAUGAUUAG